AUGAGUGCUGCGAGGAUGUGGCUUAUGCUGAUCGCUGCUCUGCCGGCACAGGCGAAGAAUGUACUGGUGACGGGAGGUGUGCUAAGAAGUCACCAUCUGGCAGUUGUGCCUGUUGUGGAGGGCUUGCUGGAGCGUGGUCACAACGUGACAUUUAUCCUUCCAAACACCAUCGAAGCCCAGGCUUGGUUCCCGAAAGGCAUUGGUGCAGCAAACUUGGUCUUUUUGGGAGACGAAUCCGCGUCCGUGGCCAGCGUCAAGUUCCCAGAUAUGAAAAACCUCGGCUGGUAUGAGCGCAUCCGUGUGUUCGGCCGCAUGAUCUGGAAAGGAAGGUCCCUGCUGGAGGGGCCACUGCUUGCUCUGGUGGAUGACCUCCUCCGAUUUCUGGAGCAGAACAAGUUCGAUGUUGCCUUCUCUUCGGCCAUGUCGAUCGGCUGCAAUGCCGCCUUGAAGAGUUCCUCUCUGCCUUGGGUUGGCUUUGUCAGCCUUCCUCCGAUGCCACAGAUGGUGAUCAGCGACACAGAGGAGGUGUGCAAGUAUCCCAACAUGAUCAAUCCCAGGCCUGUGCCUGAGCUGCAGUCUUCCCUCCUGAAGCGGGUGCAGAACCGUGUGGAGUGCAUGGUGCAGCGGACGUUCUUUCAUGCCGCCUUUUUGGUGGUUAACUCCGUUCUUCGGGGUAGGGGCCUGGAGCCUGCACAGGACUUUACCAGGCUCUUCCUGGCGGCGGACACCAACGUGCUCUUGGGUGGGCCGCCGCUUUCCCUCCAGAUUAAGCUGCGAGAAGGAGUACACCUCGUGGGGACAGUGGAAAGGCCCCGGCCACGCAGCCUACCGACAGCAAUGGGUCGAUGGUUGGAUAGUGCCGGCGCGGCACCGGCACCCGUGAUCUAUGUGUCUAUGGGGACCAAGUACGAAUUUACCGAGUCUACGUGCUUGAACUUUGUUGCAGUUCUCCAGGCCCUGAUGAGGAGCGGCUUCCACAUUCUGUGGUCGCUGCGUGCCGCACAACAAGAGGCCUUUCGACACCUGCUUCCGUCGGCAAGCGACCAACUGAUGAUUCAGGAGUUCACGCCGCAGCCGGAGGUGCUCGCCCAUCCUGCUGUCAAGGUUUUCUUAUCUCAUUGCGGCUGGGGCGGCGUCACGGACACGUUAGCUGCAGGUGUCCCUGUGUUGGCAUACCCUUCCUUCGCCGACCAGCUAGACAAUGCCCAACGACUUGUGGAGGUUGGCGCGGCAGUGAUGGUUCUUCCGGACUUCUCAAACUUGGUACAGGCAGCAAAGUCAGUGGUCGGAAGUUCAAGUUUCGUCCAGGCGACAAGAGAUGCGGCUUCGGACCUGCAUAAGUACGGAGGCCUCGAGCGCACCCUUGACCUGGUGGAAGAGGUUUCCGAGGGCCGCUUCCCGGAGAUCGGGCCUCAUGCGAAGGCAAAGAUGGCCCAGAUGGGCCCACUUUUUCUGCGAGACCAUGGGCCAGAGAAAGCUCUGAGUAUUCUGUUUGGGCUUCUGGUGCUCCUGUCCUUGUCAUGCUGCUGUGGCAUUUCACUGCGAUUCUGCUGCCGGUGCUGCUGCACCAGCCCCAGGGGAAGCCCGCGGGACGACAAGAAGAAGGAUGAGUAG